ACCCCAUACGUUCUCAAAGAUCCGUACCAGUAUCAGACUGGCUUAGGAAACUUUCUACAGUCCGAAGCAUAUCCCGGUGCUAUACCGUUGGUCAACAACCACCCCCAAUUCCCUCCUUUUGGAACGCGCUCCGAAAAGAUCUCUGGGACAUCGUUCGUGGGUCCCCGUCACAGGAACCUGCACACAUACGUAUACCGUCCGCGACCAGCUUUCUUCCAUGAGGAAUAUCAUCCGUACAAGCACCAUCUCGAAACUGCAAACCCAUCUCCUCCAAAGCAUCUAACGCCGAAUUCAUACAACUGGCCGAAAUUCCAAUCCGGCCCUGAUCAAGACCUUGACUGGACGGAACAACGCCUAUUUGGCGGCAAUGGAGACCCGACCAAGAAGACUGGCAUUUCUAUAUGGAUCUUCAACAUCAACAAGGACAUGGAGCCCAACGUUGCGUUCAUGAGUCUUGACGGCGAGGCUCUCAUCGCUCCAUCUGUGGGUGCAUUAGACAUCCACACCGAGCUUGGGAAGCUCCUCGUCCGGCAGAACGAAAUUGCUGUCAUUCCGCGCGGUGUCAAAUACCGCGUUACACUGCCCGAAGGGAAGCCCGCCAGGGGUGUAACUCUCGAGCUCUAUCAAGGCCACUUCCAGCUGCCGGAGCUGGGUAUCAUUGGGUCCACUGGUUUGGCGCACCAACGAGACUUCCAAAUCCCUGUGGCUUACUUCGAUGGGGAGUUUGUACAAGACCAAAGCUCGCGCGACGGUGUUGUAGCGACGGCUAACAACGGACCUGGCUGGACGGUUAUUGCUCGUCUCAACUACAAGCUCUGGUCGGCCAGACAGGAAAGUACCCCGUUCGAUGUCACUGGUUGGCAGGGGAAUCUUUACCCAUACAAGUACGACGUUGCGCGAUUUAGCUACCUUGGGAAUCUGUCCUGGGACCAUCAUGACCCUUCCCUCUUUGUUAUCCUAACGGCACCGGCAUAUGGAAAAGCCCCUGGCACGGCUGUCGUGGAUUUCGCCGCCGUGGGCCCUCGCUGGGAGGCAUCAGAGGAUACUCCAUGGGUGCCGUGGUACCACCGCAACACGAUGCAGGAGUUUGUC